AUCACAGAGACAGGAUGAAAUAUUUGCUGCUGGCUCUGCUGCUCUGUGUCUUGACAUCUCUGUCAGAUGCUCAUUGCGAGGUCAAACCUCAGACUCCAGAAACACAAAAUGAGACCCACUGUCAAGAUAAUUUUGAUUUAACAUGGCAUGUUAGAGGGACAACUUGGAGGAACAGUGGAUGUAUGGAAUGCGACUGUGAACGAUGCUGCAGUGUGUAUGGAGUUCCAACGGGCUUCCCUGAUGACUGCGAGGCUGUGUUUGAUGAAAAGGCAUGUGAAUAUACUGUCCACAAGAAAGAUGACCCAUCCGUGCUCUGUCCUGUUUUUCACUAUUCAGGAAAAUAAAGAAAUUACAAAUCCAUAUGGCCUAAAAGUGAUAUAAGGUCAGAAUUGUAUAAAACAUGCAUCAGUUAAUAAAAGCGCUGACCACAAUGAACAUCCUUAAACUGAAUG